GAUGACCCCCUGUUCUUUAAUCUUUCUUCCUCUGUUUGGUUGUAGGCUUCUCUCCGUCGCAGUCAUCAUCAUUAUCAUCAUACACAAACUGUUGGAAGAAUAUGCUGAUUGAGCCUCCAAAUUAACAUAGGGUUGAUGAUCCUGAUUCUGUUUCAACAGCCUCUCGCAUUGCAUGUAGCAAAAGCUUAUUAGGAGGGUGUGGAUUUCUUCGUUUCGACUUGUGCUUCAAAGGGAAGGGACAACCUCCGUUAAAGUACAUUGAAUCGGUGGGUGAUGAGAAUGUGAAACUGGUUUCACAGGCAAGUUGAGAAAUUGAGAUGAUCCCAAGUCAUGGUUGUGUAGAGAAGGGUUCUUCAGAUGUCACCGGAAAGGUGGUGGUGGUGGCAGUCAAAGCGUCGAAAGAGAUUUCAAGGACUGCUUUAGUCUGGGCUCUGACUCAUGUUGUUCAACCCGGGGAUUGCAUUAAGCUUUUGGUCCUCAUUCCGGCUCUCUCCUCAAGUAAAAGGAUAUGGGGCCUUUCGAGAUUUACCACUGAUUGUACAACCAGUCACUGGAGAUCCCAAACUGCUUCAGAUCAGAAGGAAAUAGUUGCCAAUUCAUGUUCUGAAUUGAUGCUUCAACUCCAUGAAUUUUAUGAUCCAGAAAAGAUAAAGAUCAGAAUAAAGAUUAUUUCUGGUUCUUUAUGUGGAGGGGUGGCUGCUGAAGCUAAGAGGGUUCAAUCAAGCUGGGUUAUAUUGGACAAAAAAAUGAAACAUGAAAAGAAAUACUGCAUGGAGGAGCUGCGUUGCAAUAUUGUAGUCAUGAAGGGAUCUCGGGCAAAGGUUCUUCGUUUGAAUUUGAUCAGUUCACCGAAGGUGGAACUUGAAGGGGAUUUUCCACUGUCAUCAGAGCUGAAUGAGUAUCCAGGAAACUUAAAUGGAAAGUCUGAGCAUCUAGAUAUGAUCCGAGGUCCUGCUGUUACUCCUGCAAGUAGUCCAGAACAUGGGUCACCGUUAACCGCAACUGAUAUUGGAACAUCAUCAAUCUCAAGCUCAGAUCCUGGGACAUCACCAUUUUUCCUCUCCGAUAUGUAUGGGAGACGAAGGAGAGAAACCUUUGUUCAUGUCGAAGUUAAAAAUCUGGAGGAAAGUGAGUCUGACUCUGAGAGUGAAAAGCUGAGUUCAUCAUCUAAAAGUUCAUAUUUUGAGCCAUGGGUUGCAAAUGUAAUGAGAACCGGUGGAGAAUUUUCAAAACACAGUGGCAGUAUACAUCAAUCCAGUGAUAAGGCUUUGGUGUCUGCCUAUGGAACCUUGCUUCAGAAAGUCUCCAACUUGGAUCAAGAACCUGGUAUCGGAUCGCUUCGUUGUAAAAUUGACGUGAACUUGAGCAAAAGUGUUAGAGAAGCAUUUUCACUGUCAAGGAAUGCACCCCUUGGCCCUCCUCCAUUGUGCUCCAUUUGUCAGCACAAGGCACCAUUAUUUGGUAAUCCUCCAAGGUGGUUUACAUAUGCUGAACUGCAACUUGCCACCGGGGGGUUUUCACAAGCAAAUUUCUUAGCUGAAGGUGGGUUUGGUUCUGUGCACCGUGGUGUCCUACCAGAUGGACAGGUUAUUGCUGUGAAGCAAUAUAAAUUGGCCAGUACUCAAGGUGAUAAAGAAUUUUGCUCAGAAGUCGAUGUGUUAAGCUGUGCACAGCACCGUAAUGUUGUGAUGCUAAUCGGAUUCUGUGUGGAGGAAGGAAGAAGAUUGCUAGUUUAUGAGUAUAUCUGCAAUGGGUCUUUAGAUUCUCAUCUUUAUGGGCGAAGCAAGAACGUAUUGGGAUGGUCCGCAAGGCAAAAGAUUGCAGUUGGGGCUGCUCGUGGUUUGAGGUACCUUCAUGAAGAAUGUCGAGUGGGUUGUAUCGUGCACAGAGAUAUGCGGCCCAACAAUAUCCUCCUAACUCAUGAUUUUGAAGCUCUAGUGGGAGAUUUUGGACUUGCAAGAUGGCAGCCAGAUGGAAAUACAGGUGUCGAAACAAGGGUGAUUGGAACAUUUGGGUAUUUGGCCCCAGAAUAUGCCCAAAGUGGUCAAGUCACUGAAAAGGCUGAUGUGUAUUCCUUUGGGGUAGUACUGCUGGAACUUGUCACAGGAUGGAAAGCUAUUGAUAUAAACCGGCCUAGAGGUCAGCAGUGCCUCACUGAAUGGGCACGGCCAUUGCUUGAAAGAGAUGCCAUCUAUGAACUGGUUGAUCCGAGGUUGAUAAACUGCUAUAUAGAUCAAGAGGUUCGUCGCAUGAUGUUGUGUUGCUCAAUGUGUCUACGGCAGGAUCCCCAUUUUAGGCCUAGAAUGUCUCAGGUGCUUCGCAUGCUGGAAGAUGACAUUUCCAUGUGACUGCUUCUCAUAUAUCCAUUUCGUGAGGGCAAGAGUGCUGAAGAUAAAGAACAAACAGAAGAAUGGACUGCCAUAGCAAAUGCAGAGGACAAGCUGAGGAGUACAACAUGGGUUCGAUGGUUCAUUGGGAGAAGGUUUUACAGAUAUCUAAGCAACAUAAAUACGUAGUUGGGAUUAUUUCAGUUUUUUAUUUAUUAAUGUGGCAUUACGUUUUGCUCAAAAUAGCUUAGAAAAGUACUGCUGAAAUCAUAUAUGAUCUUUUCUAAAUUUUGGGAAAGGAUCAUAUAUAGAACAACGAAACUAGAGCCUGUGUUAGUAAUGUUCUUUUUUUCUUUUUUGUACAGAAAGAACUAUACACUCGAAUUUUUCA